CCCGUCUGUGCUUGUACCCUUUUGCAGAGAUUGGAACUUGCGGUUUUGGAAGGAGCUGCUGUAGAAGGAGGAAGUGACGUUGAGUUUCCAGCCAACCUUCAGCCAUGAAGAAUCUCUACCUUUUAUUUGCUGUCUUCUUCCUGGUGCUGCAAAGCUCUCCAGGAUUCACCCAGAGAAUUAAAACAAAGGGGCGUUGUAGGAUAGCGGGAGGUUUCUGCACCCAGCGUUGCCACCGCCAUCAUCCAUGGCUUGGAAUUUGUAGCCCUACAGUGAACUGCUGUAAGAGUUUACGGCUGUGGAAAAAACCUGCGUUUGAAAGGAAAAUGGUCAAUGGACAUGAUUCACGACAUUCUACUGUGGAGACCGUUACUGGAAGGACGUUUGUAAGAAAAUGA